AUGCCUGAGCGAAUGGACACCCCAUCACCUCCCCUGAAGGGUUCUAGAGAAGUCAAUGGUUCUGCCAAGACUGAGAUGUUCAUAUUUCAUGACAGAGGUGUGCAGAUUAUAUGCAAACACCCUGAGACUAUCCAGCAAUUUAAAAUGCAGUUGCUGAAAGGACAGCAUAUCAUCUGUGAGCUCUCCAAAACAAAGGACAGUGGGAACGUGGUGUCCACCAUUAAGAAUCUGGAGUCCUGUCGAUCUCAGUUGUCCAAUAACAGUGUCUCUUUUUUCCUUUAUAACUUGGACAACUCUUAUACUAGCUAUUACUUCUGCCAACUAACAAUUUUAGAUCCUCCUCCUUAUCGAGUGGAGAUUCUUCAUGGAGAAUAUUUGCAUGUUUAUGAAUCACAGCUUGGUUGUCACCUGAAGUUCUGGUUGUCAAUCAUAUGUGCGCCUUUUGUUGUACUCAUCAUUUCGGGCUGUGUAUUUAUUUGUUGGCUCACCAAAAAGAAGUAUCAAUCCAUCGUGCAUGAACCUAACAGUGAAUACAUGUCCAUGGCAGCUGUGAACACAGCGAAAAUACCUGUACUCAGAGGUACAGCUCCACUUGGGGAUUUGGAAAAAAGGGAGUCUGAGAAAAGCAAGAAAAAGAAGGUAGAAGAUGAAGAUGAAGAUGAGGACGACGAAGAGGAUGAAGAUGAGGAAGAUGAUGACGAAUAA